AUGGCCGCUUCGUCCUCCUCCUCCGCCGCCGCCUUCCUCGCCGCCGUAGUAGCCAUUUCACUAUUGGCCUCCCCGUCGUCGGCCUCCAGGAGAUCUCUCUCCGGCGCAACGACCAACACGGAGUUCAUCCGUACGUCGUGCAGCGCCACCACGUACCCUCAGCUCUGCUACAACUCCCUUUCCGCCCACGCCACCAAAAUCCAGACCAGCGCCAGGCUCCUCGCCUCCACCGCCCUCGACGUCGCCUUAUCCUCCGCCAAGUCCACCUCCGCCGCCAUGAUCAAGCUCCAACAGUCCCACGGCCUCAGCCCACGCCAGUCCGCGGCCAUGCUCGACUGCGUCGAGGAGCUCGGCGACUCCGUCGACCAGAUCCGCCAGUCCAUCGACGAGAUGGCCGGCGCCAGGGGCGCCGGCAGGUCCCCCUCCGACUUCCAAUUGAUGAUCAGCGACGUCCAGACGUGGGUCAGCGCCGCCUUGACCGACGAGAGCACGUGCAACGACGGGUUCGCAGAGAUGGCCGGAGAGACGAAGACGGUUGUGAGAGGGAAGAUUGAGACCAUCGCUCAUCUCACCAGCAACGCCUUGGCUCUCAUCAACGCCUACGCUACUCUCCAUCACUAG